AUGGCGGCGGGCGCAGGCUACGUGCGGCUGUGGGGCGCCGCGCGGGGCUGGGCGCUGCGGGGGCCGCGGCUGGGCGGCGCCGGGGCGCGGGGCGCGGCGGCGGGCGGCGCGUGGGCGCGGCGCGGCUGGCGGGCGUGCGACGCCGCGGCCUGCGGGGCGCCCUGGGGCCGCGGGCCCGCGGCGGCCGCUCCUUGCCGGGCGCUCUGGGGCGCGGGCGCGCGCGGGGGCGCGUUCGCGGGCGGCGAGGACGGGCCCGAGGGCGGCGGCGCGGAGGACGCGGGCGCGGCGGGCGCGGGGGGCGCGGGGGGCGGCGAGGGCCCCGCCGUGACGGCGCUCACGCCCAUGACCAUCCCCGACGUCUUCCCGCACCUGCCGCUCGUCGCCGUCACGCGCAACCCGGUCUUCCCGCGCUUCAUCAAGAUCAUCGAGGUCAAGAAUAAGAAGCUGGUCGAGCUGCUCAGGAGGAAGGUCCGCCUGGCCCAGCCGUACGCCGGCGUCUUUCUCAAGAAGGACGACAACAAUGAGUCCGAUGUGGUCGAGAGCCUGGACGAGGUCUACCACACGGGGACGUUUGUCCAGAUCCAUGAGAUGCAGGACCUCGGGGACAAGCUGCGGAUGAUUGUCAUGGGGCACCGAAGGAUCCACAUCAGCCGACAGCUGGAGGUGGAGCCCAUGGAGGAGGCGGCGGCGGCGGCCGGACCGGAGCAGAAGCCCCGCAGGAAGCCCAAGCGGGGCAGGAAGGAGGCGGACGAGGGGCGUCAGGCCGACGUGGUGCUGGGGCCUGCCCUGGACGCGCCCGGCGAGGUGCUCAUGGUCGAGGUGGAGAACGUGACGCACGAGGACUUCCAGGUCACGGAGGAAGUCAAGGCCCUGACGGCCGAGAUCGUGAAGACCAUCCGGGACAUCAUCGCCCUGAACCCGCUUUACAGGGAGUCGGUGCUGCAGAUGAUGCAGGCUGGACAGAGGGUGGUGGACAACCCCAUCUACCUGAGUGACAUGGGUGCCGCGCUGACGGGGGCCGAGUCCCACGAGCUGCAGGACGUGCUGGAGGAGACCAACAUCCCCAAGCGGCUCUACAAGGCCCUGUCCCUCCUCAAGAAGGAGUUCGAGCUCAGCAAGCUGCAGCAGCGCCUGGGCCGGGAGGUGGAGGAGAAGAUCAAGCAGACGCACCGCAAGUACCUGCUGCAGGAGCAGCUGAAGAUCAUCAAGAAGGAGCUGGGGCUGGAGAAGGAGGACAAGGACGCCAUCGAGGAGAAGUUCCGCGAGCGCCUCAAGGAGCUGCAGGUGCCCAAGCACGUCAUGGACGUGGUGGACGAGGAGCUGGGCAAGCUGGCGCUGCUGGACAACCACUCGUCCGAGUUCAACGUCACCCGCAACUACCUGGACUGGCUGACGUCGGUGCCCUGGGGCAAGCAGAGCGCCGAGAACCUGGACCUGGGCCGGGCGCAGGCGGUGCUGGAGGAGGACCACUACGGCAUGGAGGACGUCAAGAAGCGCAUCCUGGAGUUCAUCGCCGUCAGCCAGCUCCGGGGCUCCACGCAGGGCAAGAUCCUCUGCUUCCACGGGCCGCCCGGCGUGGGCAAGACGUCCAUCGCCCGCUCCAUCGCCCGCGCCCUGAACCGCGAGUACUUCCGCUUCAGCGUCGGGGGCAUGACGGACGUGGCCGAGAUCAAGGGGCACAGGCGGACAUACGUGGGUGCCAUGCCCGGGAAGAUCAUCCAGUGUCUGAAGAAGACCAAGACAGAGAACCCCCUGAUCCUCAUCGACGAGGUGGACAAGAUUGGCCGCGGCUACCAGGGGGACCCCUCGUCGGCGCUGCUGGAGCUACUGGACCCCGAGCAGAACGCCAACUUUCUGGACCACUACCUAGACGUGCCUGUGGACCUGUCCAAGGUGCUGUUCAUCUGCACGGCCAACGUCACCGACACCAUCCCCGAGCCGCUCCGGGACCGCAUGGAGAUGAUCAACGUGUCAGGCUACGUGGCCCAGGAGAAGCUGGCCAUCGCUGAGCGGUACCUGGUGCCCCAGGCGCGCGCCCUGUGCGGCCUGGACGAGGACAAGGCGCGGCUGUCGGCCGACGUGCUGAAGCUGCUCAUCAAGCAGUACUGCCGGGAGAGCGGCGUCCGCAACCUGCAGAAGCAGGUGGAGAAGGUGCUCCGCAAGUCCGCCUACAAGAUCGUCAGCGGCGAGGCCAGCUUCGUGGAGGUGACCCCCGAGAACCUCCAGGACUUCGUGGGGAAGCCCGUGUUCACAGUGGAGCGCAUGUAUGACGUGACGCCGCCGGGCGUGGUCAUGGGGCUGGCCUGGACCGCCAUGGGAGGCUCCACGCUGUUUGUGGAGACGUCCCUGCGGCGGCCGCGAGACAAGGACAGCAAAGGGGACAAGGACGGGAGCCUGGAGGUGACGGGGCAGCUGGGGGAGGUAAUGAAGGAGAGCGCCCGCAUCGCCUACACCUUCGCCAGGGCCUUCCUCAUGCAGCAGGACCCCGGCAACGACUUCCUGGCCGCCUCCCACAUCCACCUGCACGUGCCCGAGGGCGCCACCCCCAAAGACGGGCCGAGCGCCGGCUGCACCAUCGUCACGGCCCUGCUCUCCCUGGCGCUGGGCCGGCCUGUGCGGCAGAACCUGGCCAUGACGGGCGAGGUGUCCCUCACGGGCAAGAUCCUGCCCGUGGGCGGCAUCAAGGAGAAGACCAUCGCGGCCAAGCGCGCGGGGGUGACGUGUGUGGUGCUGCCGGCGGAGAACAAGAAGGACUUCUACGACCUGGCGGCCUUCAUCACCGAGGGCCUGGAGGUGCACUUCGUGGAGCACUACCAGGACGUCUUCCGCAUCGCCUUCCCGCGCGAGCAGGAGCGGCCACAGGCCGUGGCGCUGGACCGGUGACAGCCUGGCCCUGCUGCGGCCCGGGGACCAGCCAAGGACUCAAUGAUCAACGACGACUCAAUUUCCAAAACUGCACAUAUUUAAUGAUGAUUAAAGACACCAUUU